AGUAUCUGAGCCAAAAGAAAAAACUGGAAGCUGAAGAGAGGCGUGUUAAAUAGAAAAAAGCUCGGGACGAUUUCAGGAUAAUGUUAGAAGAUUGCAAGGAGCUGUCACCAUCGUCAAGAUGGAGUAAGUCAAUCUCCAUAGUCGAACAUGAUAAACGUUUUAAAGCUGUUGAGCGAGCUAAAGACCGUGAGGACCUUUUUGAAGAUUAUGUGGAGGAACUUGAGAAAAAGGUGAAGCUCCUUUUGCAAAACUUUCUUGAGCAUGCGAAGGCAUUGGAGGAGCAAAAGUGCAAUAGAGUGGAGUACUUAGAAUUUUUAAAAUCCUGUGACUUUAUUAAGGCCAGUAGCCAGUGGCGAAAAGUUCAGGACCGCUUGGAAACUGAUGAAAGAUGCUCCCGCCUUGAGAAAAUCGAUCGCUUGGAGAUUUUCCAGAAAUAUAUACGUGAUUUAGAGAGCGAAGAGGAGGAGCAAAGGAAACUGCGGAUGAUGGAAGAGCAUGUUGCUGCGGGAAUACUUAAUGCAAAACCUAACUGGCGUGAUUAUUGCAUUAAAAUUAAAGAUUUUGCUGCAUAUCUAGCUAUCUCAUCAAAUACUUCAGGAUCAUAG